GGCGCUCCGGGAGCGCGCGUCGGAGGCGUUCUACCGAGCUUUCCCCCCGGGCUGGGCCUGGGGCUGAGCCCCGCCGGUCCGCGGCCGCCUUCUCCGCGCGCGCUGGCGGCCGGGCCCGGUGUCUGCUCGCUGAAGAGGCGGAACGAGGGCACGGAGUCUUCUGUUGAGUGCGCCGGCCCCGGUUGGCGGAGGCAACUGACGGCUGCGAGGCGCCGCGGGGAGCGGAGUGAGUGCGGGAACCCGCGGACCGAGCUGCCGUGGGCGGGUCGGCAGCCUCCCUCGCCCGCGCCGCCCGGUGCCGUGCGCUCCGGGAGCCGGACCUCCUCUCCCGGCCCGAGGCGCGGAGCCUGACCCUGCAGACACGCCUUCCGCGUUUGUUUUCUGCCCGCCUAGCCCACCUGAGACCUCAUGAGGAGAGCCCCUCUUCGGUCCUCACCCCUCCCCUUUGCAGCGUUUGUCACAGAGAGCCGUUGCGCCUUUCUUCACGCUGCCCUGCAAAAGGCAUUGCUUUAGAAAUGAGUUGCACAAUUGAGAAGGCACUUGCUGAUGCCAAAGCCCUUGUUGAAAGACUUCGGGACCAUGAUGAUGCAGCAGAAUCUCUAAUUGAGCAAACCACAGCUCUCAACAAGCGAGUAGAAGCAAUGAAGCAGUAUCAGGAAGAAAUUCAAGAACUGAAUGAAGUUGCAAGACAUCGACCACGGUCUACAUUAGUUAUGGGAAUCCAGCAAGAAAACAGACAAAUCAGAGAACUGCAACAAGAAAAUAAAGAGUUGCGCACAUCCCUGGAAGAACAUCAGUCUGCCUUGGAACUUAUAAUGAGCAAGUAUCGAGAACAAAUGUUUAGAUUGCUAAUGGCUAGCAAAAAAGAUGAUCCGGGUAUAAUAAUGAAGCUGAAAGAGCAGCACUCCAAGAUUGGCAUGGUACAUCGUAACAGCUCUGAAGGCUUCUUCCUUGCUGCACCUCGACACAUCCUUGAAGCACCUCAGCACGGACUCGAGAGGAGGCACUUGGAAGCAAAUCAGAAUGUACCCUAAAAAACAAUCAACUUGGGGUGUGGAUGGAAGGGGGGCCCAUUUAAAAAUUAUUUUACUUUGAAGUUCUGCCCCAGAGUAGAUCAGCAAAUAAAUCCAUUAAAAGAGUGCUGUGCUUUUGAUACCCCUGCCUAUUCAGUGGGAAACUUUAAAUUUGUCAUUGAUUCUCUGUGUCAUGCAUAGUCUGAUAUAUGAACUGUGUUCAGGGUCUCACUGCCAGAUCGGACUCGUAGUGUUCCACCUG